AUGGCAAACUUUAAUCAGACUCCAUUGAGUUGCUUGCUGACCAUGAAGUUUUUUGCGCUGUCCUUUCUGCUCUGCGGCCUGUGUCUCGAAGUGAUGAGUGCCCCCCAGUGGGGUCAAGGAUCAGGAUUUGGCUAUGGUUUUGCUCCCUACUCGGGCUAUGGCGGCAGUUAUGCCUUGUCCAGUGCCAGUGCCGGAGCGAGUAGUAGUACUGGAUACCAGCAAGGAUUCGGAUCGCCCUAUGGGGGAUAUGGCGGAUUUGGCGGUUUUGGCGGAGGAUACGGGGGCUAUCGACAGCAGUACAAUCAGUUCAGUAAUCAGCAAAACAGCUACGGAUCCUCCGGCUAUGGCGGAUUCGGAUACCCCUAUGGGUAUGGCAGAUGAGUGAGGGGCAAACAGACAGAUGCAUAUUUGUUUUGGCUUAAUGCUGGAAAUUUCUGGCUCUAACCAUGCUUUGUUUGAUUUCUUUAUUUGGAUUUUAAUUUGAUGGAGGUCAAUAAAACGUA